AUGGAACGGAAAUUUAUUGGCGUAAAUGGUGGAAUGUUUUCUGUAGACUGUGGAAUCAUGGCUAAUGGCACAACAACUCUAGGAGGGGUAUGCAUUAUCAUUAUUCACAUUUUACAGAUCAGAAAAUUGAGGCACAGGUAAGUUAAAUAACUCUCAAGGUCACCAGGCAUUCUAGCUCCAGAAGCUGUGCCCUUACCACUCUGCUACCAGAUAUUUUGAAACGAAGAAAAAGUAACAAGAAGUUUAAAAACAAUAGAGUCUAAUGAUUGCUUCACAGAACAGUUACCCUAUGCCAUCUCCUACUCCCAUAGACAUACUUCGCCACUUAAAGGUUCCUCAGUGAGUCUAUCUACUGCAAGAGAUUGCUCUUCUCUCAUUAGGUUUCAUUAUUUUUCAGAAGCCAUAUAAUUCACAUUGACCUUGCAGUUAACUUAAACAAGUCUGAAAAGUUUUCUUCUCCACCUAUCUAAUAUCACACAUCCAGAGACCAGAUCAACUCCUAGUCUUGUUAUAAAGGCUUUCCAGAAAAAUAUAAAUGGUUGA